AUGACGAUCCGUCGUAGAGCGCAUGCCUUCUCUGACGUGGACGAAGAUGCAAUUCUUCGACUCCUCUCGCCCUCGAACCGCGAUGUUGCGCACAAUGCCUCUGUCCGUCCAGUCCACCCAGCCUUGACAGACUUUGGCCCACAGACCCUCGGAGCCUUCAUCAGACGUGAAUACAACUCCGCGUUAACAGGCGGAACACUCGGCCCCUCCACGCCCGAGCGAAACAUCGGCAAGGGCAAAGCCUGUGCACAGUCUUUUCUCUCAGAAGUCCCAGACCAAGAUGCGUUUCUGUCGCCCAUCGAGCAGGACACGGCCCCCUUAAGAAGUGAAGAUUGGCUCAACGAGAUGCAUGCGAGGCAUCAUCAUGCCGACGAGAGCGUGAGGCCCGGUAGAGUCAGCCUCGCUCCAAACGCGCUCCACCACCUCCGCGGUCUGCCCGAUUCACCACCAGCAGUCGCCAGUGGCUCACUCCCGCCGCCAGGCAUGGGUGUUGGCGGUCCGCCCAAGACCCCUCCACGCAAGAUGAGACGCACCCCGCGUAAGAAGUUUAGUCCCACCAGAGACGACAAUGAGGACGACACCAAUGAUCCUUUCAUGGACUUGACGGGGUCUGGCUCCAGCACCCGUCGCCGCAUGAGGCAAUCAAUUUCGACCCGCCGCACCGGUCACAGUCCUCGAGUCAUACCUUCUUCUGCUUGGGCUCGCCGUCGGGGUAACUCUAUAGUCACCAAUACCUCUAUCGAUGCCGACACCAUCCUCUCCGAUGACUCGGUUGACUCACCUGGCAACAGUCCACCACGAUCAGCGCCGAAGUUGCCUUCAGAUUUGAUCUCCCGCGUCGUUGCUGCUUCGCAGCCGGAUGCUGCCGCCAUGAAGUAUCGCAACCAGAAUGCCGGUAGCGUCGCAGAGUUCAACUAUGGGGAUCUCAUACCUACUAACAUGCCAAAUGUUGUGGCCAGAGAGCGGGAGCGCACAUCCGCCCCAGUCCGAUCUCCGAGGAAUCGUCGACAUGGUAGUCAUCGGCGGCCGACCGGAUCAACCUCUCUGUUUAGCAGCAUCGGUUCUCGCCUUGGGCUUCUUGGUGGAUCUCCGGAUAGUGACCCCAGCGACAGUGACUCCGACGAUAGCAGCGUUUCCGGUGACGAUGUUGGCCAUGAUUUCACACCCUCCUCGAAUCCGGCAGAUUUCUUUAUCGCGAACGAACCUUUGUCGAAAGUCUUCCGCAGCAAUGGCCCGCGGAUUUCUGCCAAUGAGCCUCCCCACUGCCCGCUCCCUAAUCGUCCGAACUAUCAGAACCCACCUCUGCCGUCCGAUGUGUGGAUUGCUGUCACCGAAUAUCUUUCUCUCGAAGACAUCCAUAACUUGCGGCUGGUGGAUAGGACCAUGGCAGCGGAGAUCUCACCCAUACAGUUCCGCAACUUUGUUGCACCUUUAGGACCUGCCAUGCAGCUUUUGGGUGCUCAUCCUAGUCAAUCGGUUCUUGCCAAGUAUGGUUCGCACGUCUAUCGUUUCGGCAUAUCCUUCGAGUUCGACCCCGUCGCCCUAGCAUAUGCCAGAUCGAAAGUCAGCAUGCAGACGCAGCAAGCUUGGUACGGAUCUUAUGAGUGGCCUGCCUCACAUUAUCCUCGCUAUGAAGAGCUCAAGCGCCUGGAAGAUCUUGUUGACAACAACAACCCCAUGCUGAAGCAUGUAUUGAGUCAGAUGGGCGCUACCUGUGAACUUGCUUUGUCUGUUGACAGCGGUCACGGUUGGCUCGAAGGACCUGACAUUUCCGACAUGGCUUUAUUCAACGCGCGCCAGAGGGGUUGUUCCAAAGUCUUCGGCCAGAUAUUCGGGAAUGAGCACCUCUGGCAAGCGUAUGGCCGUGAUGAGUACUUUGUUUGGGCACAGAAGAACUCUAUCAACGAGACUCUGAAGCUCUUUGCGGGCUCUGGGGUCGCCGAAGCCGGCAAAGUCAUCGAAAUCUUGUCGAACAUGCAGGUGCGGGAGCGCAACUCCUUCCAAGACGUCACAUCUCAGCCCGACUUCGACCCUGACUCCCACACUGGUGGCAAUGCGAAUCCAGCUGCUGGCACGGCACAGACGGGUGCACAGCCUCCAGCACCGCCCACCCAUCCGAAUGGCGCACAGCCUGCUGCACCGGUGCCAGGUCAUCCAGUCACUGCGUUUCAGGUGCAGAAUAACUUGAUGCAACUGGGGCAGAUGUACGGAACGACACAGAAUCACGUCAACGGUGUCCCUUUGCUGUACGGUAACCCCUUGCAAUCCCGAUCGAGAGGUAGCCGGUAUUCUCCCACAACUCCAAAGAAAUCGAAAAAGAAGAAUCGCCCAGCCCCUAAGAUCCCUCUGCAGUGGCCCGUUAUAUUCAACGGGUAUAGUUUGGCCGCAGAGACUGGCGGUUCGCACGCAGUGAUUCAAUCGCAUAUUGCCAACCCUCAGUAUCACCCUUUGCUGCCCGGCAGCCUCACUGAGAGCCAGGCUCAGUGGUUGAUGGAGACAUUCUGGGCCCAGAGAAGUUUCCUAUCGGCAUACACCAACGCCGUCAUAGCGAACCAUGGAGCCCUUCGCAACAUUUGGACUCUGAACAUUGCAAAAAUCUCGUCUGGACUGCUGCCUUCACUUGCUCAGCGUGACUUUUGGGCGGCCCUUCCCAAUCUGAAGCGUCUGCGCUUACUCGUGUCGCCCGACUGGCGAAAAGAACAUCUACCUAACUCGGUCUUCAUCCAAAGAGCUAUGCUUAUCUCACCUCUUACCGCGGUUGGCAAGUUUGCAGCAUUCUUGCGUGACUUCAUCUGCAAGUUGGAGCACUUGUCUCAUGCCACAUUCGGAUGGGUUGGUGGCGGCGAGCAUGGAGUCGGCAUAUGCGCUCGCAAUCAGAACUUGCUGCCAGCGCCCAUAAUUGCCUACGCACGCGACUGGAUCAGCGACCACAAAAUCAAGCCGGAUCCACGUAGCAUGAUCAAAUUUGAUCACCUUCGAGAUCUGACCUUCGAGAAUUGCUGGUUCAGCCCUUGCAUGCUGGAGACCUUCAUGGACAAGAGCCGCGACACCAGCUUACACACUCUUACUCUUGACUCGGUGAGUAUGCUGGUUCGCCACGAUCCCACGACAGUCAGCAGUGAGGCUGGCUUGACCACAAUCGGCGGUAGCUUGCAGUGUGAGCAUGCUGAAGAAGAUUGGCUGUACGAAGAGAUCCCAGGCUCUGCGACUUGGACUCAGACUCUAGACCAAAUCACUCCUGGCUCGACGAUUCUUGAGCGCAAGUAUCAAGCGGGCAUUAUUGACAGCAAGAAGUUUCCUGCACCAGAGCCCGGAUUUCGAGGCCACGUGCAGAAGAUUGUGCUGAAGAGCUGUGGCUAUGCCAAGAUUGAAGGGAUGAAAAGCAGCGAUUUCAACCAGGCCGAGGCGGUCUUGCAACCUGGCUUGACUCAAGAUGCAGGGUUGAGCUCACGCGAAUCACAACUCCGCGGCCCGGCAAUGGUGGCUCCGAGUAGCACCUUCGACAAGCCCGCGGCAGUCGCUUCUAGAUACGGCGUUACUGGGAACGAGUGGCACGACAAGCCCGAUCGCUUCAUGAACCUGGGUCCAAUCAUGCUUAGCAGCGCCGAUGUUGCCGUCAACGAAGACUGGCAAGGCCUUGGUACCCUCACUCAAUGCGUUCACCCUGUCGAUAAGCGCAUCCUGGAGCAAGGAUGGGGCAUGGUCUUUGGCUGGGGCAACAAGUUGGAGCGGUGGGCGGCUGUGGAAGAUGGGCAGCUCGAAGGUGGUACCGGCCGCUUCGGUGGUACCAUCUAUGCGAAAGGAACCGAGAGUCUUUGA